CACUUCUCGAGGAAGGAGAAAGUCGAUAACCAACUGGCUAAUGCUACGACACAACGCUAUAUACACUCUAAAGUUAUAACAAACGAGAAAUUCAUGUUCGAUAUAUCUCUGAAUAAUAAAGUUCGAUCACGGUCGAUUAUCCGAUAUCGGCUGCAAAUAGCGGCAAAUUUGUUUGUUUGUGUUUUUUAUUUUUUUUUGUUUUUCAACUAUUAAGUAUUAUUGGUUUUAAAUAUUUACACAAUAUACAGGAAAACAAGUAUUCUACAAGUAAUAAAAAUAAAAAUAAAUAAUUUUAACUGAAUAUGGCCGGUGUUAAGCCAAUAAUAUCAUAUGAGGUGAUAGCAACUGACAACGAGCAAGAGGAAAAUAAUGAAGUACAGUUGGCUUACAGCAUGGAAGAAAAACAUACUUACACUUAUAAAAAACUCGUUGUACCUAUGUCAAUGAGAAGUCAGUACUGGAGAUAUUUUGGUUUUCCAGCAACUAAAGAAGGUGAGAUCUUGACUAAAAUAAAAAUAGUCUGUAUAUUAUGUCGUACGCAAAUUGCUUACAACCGUAACACCAGUAACCUGCGUAUGCAUUUACAAAAUAAACAUUCAUCGGAGCUGAUGGAGUUGGAGGCUAACAGGCCUCCCAAACAGCAGUUCGUUCAGCAGAACAUGAAAGAGAGAAGAGCGCAGAAAAAAUUGUUAAAGUCGACGACGUAUAUUCAUACAACUAACAUUGAUGGUACUGUACAGAUUGAUGGUGAUUUACAGUAUGUUACUGACCCGAAUGUUAGUUUUGCUAGUUUAGAAGACGACCUCAGCCUUGAAACACCGCUCAGGAUAGCAAUGAAAAAUGCGUCUACUAGUAAAGAUCAACAGCAACAGCAGCAGUUGUCUUAUGUUAUUUCAGAUGACGGCGAUAUACAGCACGCUGAAAACAGAGAUAUGAAUAAUUUAAUGACCGAGGUAGCUGUGAUGGAUAUGCAGUUACCAAAUUUUGUAGAGGGACUUGGAUUUUCAAGGUUUAUGUCUAUGCUUAGUUCAUCGUAUGACAUUCCCAGUAAAAGCAAACUCGAAACGGAAUUAAUACCCAACAUGUAUAACAAGUAUAAAAAUUACUUAGUUAAUGUUUUAAAUAAAGUUUCAACAGACAUAGGAUUGACUAUAGAAGAGUGGAAGUCAAGCAAUGAUGAGUAUUUUAUAACUAUCUCGAUGUUUUAUCAGAAUUCAGAAGAGGCUGUAAUGGAAACAAAAGUACUAACGACAGUACAUGCCCCCAGAGAAUGGGGUACUGGUCAGUGGGACAAUUUUAUUGAAUUAUUUUUGUACGAAUGGAACUUGACGCAAGAAAAAAUAACUGCUAUUGUUGUUGCGACGACUCUUCAAGAUUUACUCAAUGCUUUAACCAGUCGAGGGUUUAUUUUGAUACCUUGUUUGCUGUAUACGUUACAAGAGUGUGCUCAAGAAUGCUUUGAGCACCCUAGAGUCAAAGAGAUCUUGGUGGCUUGUCGAAUAAUUGUAGGAGUUAUGACUGCAAAAACUGGUGGUGGUGAAAAAGAGAGUUUAGAAGAACAAGAAACGUAUUAUGAGCAAGUUGACGAAAAUACAUUGUUGAUGGAUUACCCGGGAAUUUGGACGUCAACACAUAAUAUGCUGCAGCAAAUAAUAGCCAAGAGAAACUACAUUGAGACAUUGCUAGUGUCUAAAAGUGAAUCGGAAGGCGGUGAACUUGAUUGGACGGGCAUAAAGCUUGCUCCUGAAGAUUGGAGUACAAUGGAAGAUCUUGUAAUGGCUCUUGAGCCAUUAAAAGUUAUAAUAUUGACACUAGUUGAAGAAAGAAUUCCUAUGAUUUCACUUUUGAAACCUAUUUUAUGGCAACUUGAGUCGGUUCAUUUGGGUACAAAGCCAUCAGACAGUAGCCUAGUAAGAGGUUUUAAAUAUCAAAUUAGUCAAAAGCUGAAUGAACGCUAUGAAAGCGGUGAAAUAAUAAAUAUGCUGCAAAUUGCCACUACUUUGGAUCCAAGAUUUAAACAGCUACCGUACGCUAGUGAAGAAGAAAAAGCUGAAUCAAUGAAAGAAAUUAAAGAAACGAUAAAAAAAUAUAUUCAUGAUGAUGAGAGAAAAUCUGCGAGUAAAGAACCGGCUAAUAAAAAGAGUAGAUUAUCUGGCAUGGAGAACCUUUUCAAAGAUUUUAAUUCAAAGAAAACGCGAACGACGAUUUCGGAUAAAGCAGAGUUAGAGAUGGUACAGUAUCAAGGUGAAUCUGGCGAACCAUUAGGAUCAUGUCCAAUUGAGUGGUGGACAAAGUUAUCCGCCAAGUGUCCAUAUCUCUAUAAACUCGCAACACAUUACAAUUGUGUACCAGUUUGUUGUGCCCCGUCAACACGCAUUCAUCCAGACGCACAAAUUGUUUAUAAUUUAAAACGCGCGGCUAUACCAACUUAUCUUGUUGACAAGUUGAUUUUUCUUAAUUGCAAUUACACCGUUAGCCCAAGUGUUUGAUUCAUUUUAUAUACUCUUAAAUAUAUUCUUAAGAAAUCUUUUUAUAAGUUAAAUGAUUGAGUAUCUUAUUCAAUGAUUGAUUUAUAAUUUUUUUUUUUUUUUUUUUUUUUUUUUAAUUUGAAAAUGUUUAUUCGUAUUCAAGUCUUUGUUCCUAUACGUAUGUUUAUAAUCAAUGUAAUUUAUGUUUAUGUAUUUGUUCGCAUUUGAUAAGUGAGUGCAACUAUUUUAUUUGUAAAUACUGGUAAGUUCAUAGAUUAAUCAUGAAUCGAUACAUUUUUUUGCUUGUACACGAGAUCUAUUUAAAUUUAAAGUCAAUGUUUUCAAUGAUCGCCUUUAUCUAAUCUUAUGAUAAGAUUAAAUUAUUAAUACAACAUUGUACAAAUAUAAAUUAUAGUUUUUAACAGUUUAAAUACUUGCUGUAAUUUGACUUAUGUCAAAAUUACGACACAUUAAUUCAACAUCAUUAUUAUACAACAUA